CUGUGUGAGGACAGGAGCUCUGUGAGAAUUCUGGAAUACUGUGUGAGGACAGGAGCUCUGUGAGAAUUCUGGAAUACUGUGUGAGGACAGGAGCUCUGUGAGAAUUCUGGAAUACUGUGUGAGGACAGGAGCUCUGUGAGAAUUCUGGAAUACUGUGUGAGGACAGGAGCUCUGUGAGAAUUCUGGAAUACUGUGUGAGGACAGGAGCUCUGUGAGAAUUCUGGAAUACUGUGUGAGGACAGGAGCUCUGUGAGAAUUCUGGAAUACUGUGUGAGGACAGGAGCUCUGUGAGAAUUCUGGAAUACUGUGUGAGGACAGGAGCUCUGUGAAGACCCUGGGAUAUAGUGUGAGGAGCCGGACUGGACCCAUCUAGCCUGCAACCUCCCACUCUGUGUGAACAGCAGGACUUCACACGGUGGACUAUGAAAUAACCUACAGAAAGAGCGAAAAACAAUGCUACAUCACUGUUGAUGGGGAUCAUGAAGUUGUUAUCCUGUAACUAGAUUUAUUUGUGGGACAUUCCUUGACUUGGAUAUGGAAGGCCUCGGGAUAGCAGAACAUCUCUGAGUGGUAGAUUAGGAAAGCCGAAGAUUCGACAUGGAGACAGCCGUCUCGGAAAGGGAACCUGAGAGAUCACUGCAGAGUGACAAUAAAGACUCUCACGGAUCACCACAUUUGAUAACAAGCAGCGAUGAUUCUCAGCUGAUAAUCCCCACAAAGAUGAGCCAGCGCCAAAAUAAAGAAGCUUACCUUUCACCAACCAAAGAUUUGGUCCAGGCUACACUUAGUCCAGGCAUCAUUCAUGGUCAUGGGUUUGACAGAGGGAAGGAUGAAGUGUUACAAAUCAAAGACGAUUCUUCUUCAAUGUCCAAAAGCAAGUCUGAAUCUAAAUUAUACAAUGGGUCUGAAAAGGACAUUGCAUCACCUUCAAGCAAACUUACAAAAAAGGAGUCUCUUAAGGUGCAGAAGAAAAACUACAGGGAAGAGAAGAAGAGAGCCACAAAAGAAUUACUCAGUACUAUCACAGACCCAUCUGUUAUUGUCAUGUCGGACUGGCUGAAGAUCCGUGGCACACUGAAAAGUUGGACAAAAUUGUGGUGCGUGCUAAAGCCUGGAGUUCUGCUAAUCUAUAAAACAAAUAAGAACGGGCAGUGGGUUGGUACAGUGCUCCUGAAUGCUUGUGAGAUCAUCGAAAGGCCGUCCAAAAAGGAUGGGUUCUGCUUCAAACUUUUCCAUCCGUUGGAGCAGUCAAUCUGGGCCGUAAAGGGUCCAAAAGGUGAAGCAGUUGGCUCGAUUACCCAGCCUCUGCCAAGCAGUUACUUAAUUAUUCGAGCUGCUUCGGAAUCUGAUGGACGGUGUUGGAUGGAUGCACUUGAACUGGCUUUAAAGUGCUCCAGUCUAUUGAAACGUACCAUGAUUCGAGAGGGUAAAGAGCCCGACUUGAAUUCUUCUGGGGAGAAUAGCCAUAUGAACUUCUAUGGGUUAUUGAGAGCACACAACGUGCACAGCAACGAAAACUUCCAGUUGAAUGACAGUGAAAUUGAAAGACAGCACUUCAAAGACCAGGACACCUAUUCUGAUAAGUCCGACAAGGAUAACGACCAUGAUCACGAAGAAUCGGACAAUGAUGGACUUGGCAAAAGUGAGGAGAGCGACAGCGACACAUCUGAGAGACAGGAUGACUCUUUUAUUGACACUGAACCACCCGAUAUAAUUAAAGAAUCCACCUACCUGGAAGAGUGCCAUGAAGAGCUCGGAGAGGCAGGAGAAGCUUCUCAGACAGAAACCGUUUCAGAAGAGCACAAGAGUCUGAUCUGGACUUUGCUGAAACAAGUACGACCAGGAAUGGAUCUGUCCAAAGUGGUUCUUCCGACCUUUAUUUUGGAACCCCGCUCGUUCUUGGACAAGCUGUCGGAUUAUUACUAUCAUGCAGACUUUCUGUCUGAGGCUUCUUUGGAGGAAAAUGCUUAUAGCCGGAUGAAGAAAGUUGUGAAGUGGUAUCUUUCUGGAUUCUACAAAAAGCCAAAGGGUCUAAAGAAACCAUACAACCCUAUUCUAGGGGAAACAUUCCGCUGUGUGUGGCUGCAUCCCAGAACAAAUAGCAAGACCUUCUAUAUUUCGGAGCAGGUAUCCCAUCAUCCACCAGUGUCUGCAUUCUAUGUCAGUAACCGAAAAGAUGGAUUUUGCCUCAGUGGGAGUAUUUUGGCCAAAUCAAAAUUUUACGGCAAUUCUCUUUCUGCAAUUCUGGAAGGUGAAGGGAGACUAACUUUCCUUAAUCGGGGAGAGGAUUAUAUGAUGACCAUGCCGUAUGCUCACUGCAAAGGAAUUCUCUAUGGAACAAUGACCCUUGAACUUGGAGGAAAUGUCAGCAUUGCAUGUGAGAAAACUGGUUAUAGUGCCAUUCUUGAAUUUAAAUUAAAGCCAUUUUUAGGCAGUGAUGAUAGUGUUAAUCAAAUAUCAGGGAAGAUAAAACUGGGAAAAGAAGUACUGGCCACUCUGGAAGGGCACUGGGACAGCGAGGUUUUCAUACACGAUAAGAAGACAGAAGUGUCUGAGACCUUCUGGAAUCCUACUCAAGAAAUACGUCAGCGCCGAUUAACUCGAUGUACAGUACAGCGCGAUGAACAAGGGGAGUUUGAAUCUGAAAGGCUCUGGCAGAAUGUCACAAAAGCCAUAAACAACAAAGACCAGACCGAUGCAACGCAGGAGAAGUUUGUUUUAGAAGAAGCACAAAGAAAAGCUGCCAAAGAAAGAAAAGCAACGGGUGAAGAAUGGAUUUGCAAGUUAUUUGAACAAGAUCCAAUCACUGGAGAGUGGCAUUACAAAUUUGCAGACACCCGACCAUGGGAUCCCUUAAACGACUUGAUACAGUUUGAAAAAGAUGGUGCCAUCCAGUCAAAAGUCAGGCAUAGGACUCCAAUGGUUUGCGUUCCAAAACUGAAACACAAGGCAGGUGGUCAGCAGAAAAAAGGUGAAAGCGGGUGUUCGUCCCCCGAACUCGAUAACCACGACUCUUCAGGGAGUGAAGCACGAUUACUAACACAUAGCACUCGAGUAAGGAAAAAAGGAGCAGAUCACGGAGAACUGCAAAGUGCCAUAGAAUCAAUAAAGCGGACUCAAGAAGAAAUAAACCGGAACAUUAUCGCUCUCCGUAACCGCGUAAUUGCAAAUACCUCAUCACAUGAGAGCAGCUUUCUUCAGCAGAGAGACUUUUAUAUCAUUUUCUUCCUGAUAUUACUUCAGAUUGCCAUUAACUAUUUGUUCAAGUGAAAACAAAAAGAGAAAUCGGAUACUUUUGGAAUAUGUUCCAAGACUGUCCUUGUUGGACUGGGACCACUUUCAGCCUUGCUGUCAUUUUGGAAGGGACCUGGGACAAUACAGCUUUGCACCCCUUCCAGUCAGGGCAUCGUAUGAUUAGGACUGUGGAUACGUUUGUGUUUUCCAAUCAGACGGCUUUAGCCUCCAAAAACGUUGUACAUUUUUGUGUCCAGGAUCUAAGUUACCAAUUGUUCAAAAGUAAAAGUGCCAGCCUUCCCCCCUCCCCUCCCCUCUUCCUAUGUAUCACUGUGUAUUAAAUGUUGCAAUAUCUUGUGCUUAA